AUGUCCGACCAAGAGAUUAAUGAUAAUGAUAACUCUCUUUCUCCUUCUGCUAAAGGAGACUCCAAGGAGAGAAGAAAAAUCGAAAUUAAAUUCAUAGAAAAUAAAACUAGACGACAUGUCACUUUCUCUAAGAGAAAACAUGGGAUUAUGAAGAAAGCGUUUGAAUUGUCGGUAUUAACAGGUACUCAAGUUUUAUUACUGGUAGUAUCAGAGACUGGGUUGGUUUAUACGUUUAGUACUCCUAAAUUUGAACCAAUUGUGACUCAACAAGAAGGUAGAAAUUUAAUUCAAGCUUGUUUGAAUGCUCCAGAUGAAGAAGAAGAAGAGGAAGAGGAAGAAGAGGAAGAAAACGGAGAUACUAAUGAUUUGGCUAUUCAACAACAAGCUCAAGCUCAAGCACAAGCACAGGCUCAGGCACAGGCUCAAGCACAAGCACAAGCACAGGCUCAGGCUGCUCAGGCACAAGCUCAAGCUCAACAUAUGCAACAAUUGCAACAGAUGCAACAGAAUCAAAUGCAACAGAACGUGGAACAUCCAUUUAAUAUAGAUUCUUCUGCUACUGCUCCUCAUUCAAAUGGAAUGACUCCAUCCCAGGAUCAAAAGAUAACUAAUCCAAAUCCUAAUUUAAAUCCAAAUAAUAGUCAGAAUCCAAAUAAUGUAGCAUAUCAACAAUAUUUCCAAGAUUCUCAACAAAAUCAAUUUUAA